CUCACCCAACAAAUAAUAGUCGGACAUCCCUCAUCUUGUGUUGUAUCUUCUGGUCUCUUGUUUCUGCCUGCUGUCUCUCGUGGCUUUCUAUACCCAACCAGCUACCACGUCUUUUAUUCAUCUGCCUCGUUGACCGAGCACACUCUUGUUUACACUCUCUUCACUUAAAACUCGACCGCCCUAACAAACAUCUUUCAACAUGGAUAGAAUCAAGGAGAAAAUGAACACCCUCCGUCUGGAGGCCGACGAUGCCCACGCCAAGGUCGAAGAGCUACAGAACAAAGUCAAGGCUCUCGAGCAGGAGAAUCUGGCAAAGGAACAAGAAAUCAAAUCCCUCACUCACCGGAACCAGCUGCUGGAGGCCGAUGUCGAGAAGCUCGAGGCUGAUCUGAAGGAUGCCAAGGCGUCGGCCUCCGAAAAUGCUCAACACGGUACACAGAACGAGUCCCUGCAAAGACGUCUGCAGCUCCUCGAGGAGGAGGCCGAGGAAACUGACAAGACCCUUCGUGAGACGAAUGAGAAGCUUCGCCAAACUGACGUCAAGGCUGGACAUUACGAGCGCAAGGUCCAGGCGCUUGAGACUUCCCGUGACCAAUGGGAGGCUAAAUAUGAAGAGAUGUCGAAGAAGUAUGAGGAUUUGCAGAAGGAGCUGCGGGACCUGGAAACUCUCAUGGGCAAUGUGUAGAUGAUGGGGGAGGGGGCG